GAUGACGCGCUCUGCGCGCCGCUGCGGAGUGUGUGUGUGUGAGUGUGUGUGUAGAGUGUCCUCUGGUGCCGGUUAUACAGUACGGUGUGUGUGAGUGUGUGUGAGUGUGUGCAGUGUGUGUGUUUAGUACAGGAUCUGACUGAUAUGAAUGUGUGGAAUAUGAGAGCACGCGCCGCGCGGUGAGGAUCACAGGGUGACCCGUGGAGUUAAGAGUUUUCAUCACUGUGUUUAAAAAGUUCAAAGUGUUGGAGUUUCUCUUACUCACACCUGCUCAGGUAUUUCUAUAAUGAGACUCAGAUCUACAUAUCUACUGCUGAGAGCAGCUCACCUGACCCCGCGCGCGCUCAGCAGGAGAGCUUUACCUGUAACAGCAGCACAGCUGACCCAGGCUCCUCCCACUCCAUCCCACCUGUACUGCACCAAAGCCCCCUGCAGAUACACUGCUACCCACACUACAGGUGAUCUCAGCAGUUUGUCUGUAAGGAGUCAUACCUGUGGAGAGCUGAGUUCUGAUCAUGUGGGAGAGGAGGUGACGCUCUGCGGCUGGGUUCAGUACCUCAGAAAUGAUCUGUUUGUGAUUCUGAGGGAUUUCAGUGGGCUGGUGCAGGUUCUAAUCCCACAGGAAGAGUGUGAGCUGAAGGGGGCGCUCUGUGGUUUAUCUGUGGAGUCGGUGAUUAAGGUCAGAGGGAGGGUCCGGCCUCGUCCAGCAGGACAGGAGAAUAAGAACAUGCUGACGGGGGGGAUUGAGGUUCACGCUGAGAGUCUGGAGGUUCUGAACUCCUGUAAGAAACUUCCUUUUGAGAUAAAAGACUUUGUGAAGAAGUCGGAGGCUCUCCGGAUGCAGUACCGGUAUCUGGACCUGCGCUCGUCUCAGCUGCAGUAUAAUCUGAGAUUAAGAUCACGGCUGGUGAUGAAAAUGCGAGAGUAUCUCUGUAAUUUACACGGAUUUGUGGACGUUGAGACUCCGACUUUGUUUAAAAGAACUCCGGGGGGUGCAAAAGAGUUUGUGGUUCCGACCGGAGAAGCGGGGAAGUUUUACUGCCUCCCGCAGAGCCCGCAGCAGUUCAAACAGCUCCUGAUGGUGGCGGGUCUGGACCGGUAUUUCCAGAUGGCGCGCUGCUACAGAGACGAGGGAUCUAAACCCGACAGACAGCCGGAAUUCACUCAGGUGGACAUAGAGAUGUCCUUCGUGGAUCAGGACGGGAUCAGGGCUCUGAUUGAGGGGCUGCUGAGUUUCUCCUGGCCUGAAGAUAAAGAGCCGCCCGGCGUCCCGUUCCCCUGCAUCACCUACCAGCAGGCCCUGAGCGAAUACGGCACCGACAAACCCGACACUCGAUUCAGAAUGAAGCUGGUGGAUGUAACCGAGGUGUUCCGGGACUCAGAGAUUGGGUUUCUGAGGGCGGCGCUGGAGGAGCCAGGGGGAGGAGUUCAGGCCAUCUGUGUUCCAGAAGGAGGAAAACUUCUGAAGAGUAAAGAGGUGGAGCUGCUGAAGCAGACGGCCAGGACUCAGUUCAGCCAGGAGGUGAGCAGUGUGUGUGUGGAUGGAUGGGUGAAGUCUCCUCUGGGUCGGUUGAUGGGUGAUGGGGUGAGGCAGCAGCUGAUGAGGGCGACGGGAGGCGGCGCUGGAGACCUGCUGCUGAUCACCGCCGGAACUCCAGAGCGCGUGCGCCCCCUCCUGGGGAAGCUGAGGCUGCAGUGUGCGGAGCUGCUGGAGGGUCACGGCAUGCGUGUGCGUGACCCCUCAGUCUUUCACUUCCUGUGGGUCGUGGACUUCCCGCUCUUCCUGCCUAAAGAGGACGACCCCGAUCAGCUGGAGUCCGCCCACCACCCGUUCACCGCCCCCGUCCCCGAUGACCAGCACCUCCUCUACACCCAGCCCAGCCAGGUUCGUGGUCAGCACUAUGAUCUGGUGCUGAACGGUUGUGAGAUCGGCGGCGGCUCCAUCCGGAUCCAUAACGCAGCUCAGCAGCUCCACGUCCUGCAGAACAUCCUCAGAGAGGAUCCGGCUCAGCUGUCUCACCUGUUGGAAGCGCUGGACUCCGGAGCGCCCCCUCAUGGCGGGAUUGCUUUAGGGCUGGACCGGCUGGUGUCCAUCAUCGUUGGAGCUCCCAGCAUCCGGGACGUCAUCGCCUUCCCCAAGUCCUUCAGAGGUCACGACCUGAUGAGCGGCGCUCCUGAUUGGUUGUCGGAGGAGGAGCUGAAGUCCUAUCACGUCUCUGUGGCGUGGCCGAGCUCGGCCGGCGGAGACGACAAACAGGCCUGACCGCUCCGCUCCGGACUCCAUCUCCAACUGUCUCUCAGCCGUUAAUCCAGUUAGAGCCGUUAGGACCGUUAGGGCUGUUAAGUGUUUGUGAGGAGGGUAAGAGACUGUGUAGCGGUGGCUGUCCUCUCUCGGUGUUUGCCGCCGGUGAUUGCUUCGGUGCGGUAGCCGAACCGUGACCCCAUCUCAGAAAAGAAUUACACAGCGUCCGAAUGAGAGAGAGCGCGAUAGCAACAUCACUGAACCACCUCUCGCCGUAUCCCUGACCCGCCACGCACGCUAUUACCGACCCGCACACCGCCGGCGUCCAGAACACCGACCCAACUCCGGUUCUGAACAGCGCUGAUCAGAUCCAUACUGAAGCUCACCUCAGCACCUACUCACUUCACAGUAAUGUGUGCUGAAAAAAUAAAGACUAAAAACUUCAAAAUCAGUUUCUCUGAUUUUGCUAUUUAUAGGUUUAUAUUUGAGUAAAAUGAACAUUGUUGUUUUAUUCUAUAAACUACAGACAACAUUUCUCCCAAAUUACAAAUAAAAAUAUUCUCAUUUAGAGCAUUUAUUUACAGAAAAUGAGAAAUGGCUGAAAUAACAAAAAAGAUGCAGAGCUUUCAGACCUCAAAUAAUGCAAAGAAAACAAGUUCAUAUUAAUAAAGUUUUAAGAGUUCAGAAAUAAUCAAUAUUUGGUGGAAUAAUCCUGGUUUUUAAUCACAGUUUUAAUUUCAUACAUCUUGGCAUCAUGUUCUCCUCCACCAGUCUUACACACUGCUUUUGGAUAACUUUAUGCUGCUUUACUCCUGGUGUAAAAAUUUAAGCAGUUCAGUUUGGUGGUUUGAUGGUUUGUGAUCAUCCAUCUUCCUCUUGAUUAUAUUCCAGAGGUUUUUAAUUUGGUCAGAGAAACUUAGCAGCUAAGUGCUCUCUCUUACUCUAAUUCUUCUCUUCUCUGCUAAAACUGAGACUCAGUCCUUAAUCAUGACGUCUUCCUGUAGCAGUUUUUUUUUCUCCAGUUUUCACCAUGCAGUUCCAGCAGUAAUUUACUACAGACUAAGAGUUUGGAAAUUCACAUUAUUACGUCCUUUUUUUAAGUCCAUAUUAUUCCCCUUGUUUUUCAGUUUAUUGCUAAUUUUUUACCAUUUUAGUUUUUUCUCUGGACCUGAGGAGCUUAAAUGGCAAAAAUAAACAAAAAAACUAUAACUUCUAUAACUUUUGACCGGUAGUGUAUAAAUAUGGAAUACCUGCUUCUGCCCUUUGCCAACUACAAUUUAUAAAAAGUAUAUAAAUAAUAAAACAAUGAUAAAUGCUAAAAAUACA